AUCCCUUGAGAAGAUGGGAGACAGGCCACCGAAAGUAAUGAGAAAAAGCUCAGCGUGCUUCUUGAGCAGAUGCCGAGGUGUCCUGGUCUUUAUCUUAAUAUAUCGCCCCUCCCCCAGGAUGUUCGGUGGCAGCCCACAAGGUGAUACCAAGAUAUCAUCAGGUGCACCUGCUGCCCAUGACUCUGAGGAACAGAGGAGAAGGACCGAUGGCCCUAUGUUUCUAUAAAUUUCUCACCGUAUGUGUUGUGUUGUCUAUCUGUGUUCAGUCCGUUGGUGUCGGCCAUCUCGUGAUUAUGCCUCAAGGCCAAUCCCCUGGCGAACGAGGGGCUUCGUUUGUUCCCCUUUUGGACGACUGUGGAACCCUCAGGAUGACACCGGCGCAACCAGAGUCGGUCUGGAGAGUGGGAUGUCGAUGCCCUGCAGAACUCCCGGGUUGCUUUUUUUUCUCCUUUCUAGGGGUACUAUCCCAGGUCGGGAGCUGCAAACACACAGGAACCCUACUGACACUUGACACUUGACACUUGACUGUCGGCCGUGACCGUACCCGAGGCCAUGCGACCCGUUUGUUACACUCUCGCCAAAGGGGGCCAAAGGGGGAGAAAAUCGUUCGCCCCUGAGAAGCAAGCCCUAAACAACCCGCUAUCCGGCCGAGGGGAUCAAGCCGCAUCG